GAGAGCCAUUUUUACUGUUGAGUAACAACACGCUGGUCGGCUGCGCUGGGACACAGCGAGGCAGGAAGUGCUCCUCUGGUUCGGCUGAAGCCUGUCUCAUUUCCCCUCACUUCUCGUACUUGUUGGUGCUGGGGCUGUGUUGGGGAGGCCCCGUAGAGGACACACAAUGGAGCGGAGAGCCUGUGGUAACUGGGCCGUUGUGCUGCUGAGAGGGGGAUGGGGUGGAGAGAGGACCGGCUCUCACAGCUAACACAGCCUGCCGGCUGGAGGCUCCACAGCCUGGACACUCCUGGAGCAGACUCUGCGCCCACAACGUUAGAAUUAUUCACAAUGUUUUCUGCUGUUUUCUCAAGUGAACUGAGCCUGAGGAUGACACCCCUCUGUGUUUUGGAGAAGUAAAAGGAGAGACCAACUUCAGUGUAAUUCUUUAAGGCCCUCUUUUGGAACAUACUUUUUUGCUGUGAAGUUCUUAAAUGGAUUACAUGAUGCAUGCCAAGUCAAACGAUUUGUUGGAUUUUCAAAAACUGGACGCCCUCCUAGAAAAAAUUGCACAUUCAGUCUCUGUGAAGAGAGAGUCCAGUGAGGAGUGCAAUGGGAUCAGCGGUGCUCUGUCAGUGGAAUCUGUGCCGGGGCCAAGACUGAACCGGUGUCCUGCUAACGCCCCUGCCCCAGCCUCUGUACCUGCCCAGGGGCACCUGCCCACAGCCAGCCCUGUCAGGACCAGGAUGGGGGACGGCGUGGACACUGCAGCACAGAUGUCAGGCAGCAAUAGCAGCAGCCAGGGCCCGGCUGGGGGACCGGGCAACCCCUCACCCCCCGAGUACAUCAACCUGACCCGGCCCAAACGACAGACCAAUCAGCUGCAGUUCCUCCUCAAAGUGGUGGUGAAGGCUCUGUGGAAACACCAGUUUGCGUGGCCUUUUCACGCCCCUGUGGAUGCUAUCAAACUGAAUCUGCCUGACUACUAUACAAUAAUUAAAACCCCUAUGGACAUGGGCACAAUAAAGAAAAGGCUUGAGAACAGUUACUACUGGAAUGCCCAAGAAUGUAUCCAAGACUUCAACACGAUGUUUACUAAUUGCUACAUCUACAACAAGCCUGGUGAUGAUAUUGUCCUCAUGGCCGAGGCUUUAGAAAAGGUUUUCCUCCAAAAAGUCACAGAAAUGCCUCAAGAAGAAAUUGAGAUUGCUGUUAUGACUGGAAAAGGACGUGGUCGAGGACGUAAAGAUGCAGGUUUGAGCCUUAAACCAGGGGCCAUCAUCGAUCCCUUAUCCACAACUCCUACCACGCGGGGCCUGUCCAACCUGUCAGCCACGCCACAGAGCAGAGGAUCCACACAGGGCACGCCUUCACUACCUCCUCAGCCUGUAAUGCAGGCCCUGCCUCCCCAUGUGGCUCCCCAUGUGGCUCCCCAUGUGGCUCCCCACGUGGUUCCCCACGUGGUUCCCCACGUGGCUCCCCACGUGGCUCCCCACGUGACUCCCCAUGUGGCUCCCCACAUGGCUCCCCACGUGGUUCCCCACGUGGCCCCCCAUAUGGCCCCCCAUGUGCCCCCCCACGUGCCCCCCACGCUACCCAACCAUACACCCCAGCUCGGAGCUCCCUUUUCCUUAACUCAGUCAGAAUGCGCCUCCCAAGUUCCCAUCAUGACUUCAGUGCCUCCUCCUGCCCAGACUGCCCUGGCUCCCACGCCCCUCCAGAGCACUGCCCCUAUGCUGCAAAACCCCAUGACCAUGACCAAACAAAGAAAAAGCCAGAAGCGGAAAGCAGACACUACAACACCCACAGCGAAUGACCAACUGAGUGAAUCCUCACCGGCAGAGUCCAAGUCGGGGAAAACCUUCCCUCGGCGAGAGAGCACCCGGCCUUCAAAACUAAUGAAGAAGGAGGCUCCGGACUCCCAGCAUCACAUUGGCCUGGGACCAAGUGGAGGUCUCAGUCCUAAACCACAGGAUCAAAUGGGAUACUGCGCCAGCCUGGUUCGAGAGAUGCUCUCUAAGAAGCAUGCCGCUUAUGCUUGGCCAUUUUACAAACCUGUUGAUGUAGAUGCACUUGGACUACAUGAUUAUCACGACAUAAUUAAGCAUCCAAUGGACCUCAGCACCAUCAAGGUAAAACUGGAGAACAGGCAAUAUCGGGAUCCCCAAGAAUAUGCUGCAGAUGUACGAUUAAUGUUUUCCAACUGCUACAAGUACAAUCCACCUGACCAUGAGGUGGUUGCUAUGGCACGCAAAUUACAGGAUGUUUUUGAGAUGCGUUUUGCAAAAAUGCCCGAUGAACCCGAGAACAAGCCUCUGGUCUCUGCCCCAGCCACAUCCCUCCUCCACCCGGCCCCUGUCAAACCACAGCCACCUCUGAGUCACGCCCCCUCCUCGUCAGACAGUUCCAGUGACUCCUCGUCAGAGUCUGAGUCGUCCACGGACGACUCUGAGGAGGAGCGUGCCCAGAGGCUGGCUGAACUUCAAGAGCAGUUGAAAGCUGUCCAUGAACAACUGGCUGCCUUAUCCCAACCUCAAGCCAGCAAACCAAAGAAAAAAGAAAAGGAUAAGAAAGAGAAGAAAAAGGAAAAGCAUAAGAAGAAAGGAAGUGUGCCCAGUCUUGAGGAAAUACAAGAAGCAACUCCAGUGCCACAGCUCCCCAAGAGGAACAAGACCAGUAGUACAAACAAUAAAGAGCAGGGUUCUAAGAAGAAAAGCAAAAAGGAGUGGGUGAAAGGCAGCCACCCCCCAGUUCUACCUCCUGCCCCAUCUCUGGAGGAAGAGCUUGCAGCUGCCGGGGCGGCUGUUGCUGGGGAAAAGUGUAAACCUAUGACGUAUGAGGAGAAGAGACAACUCAGUUUGGACAUUAACAAACUUCCAGGUGACAAACUUGGAAGAGUAGUGCAUAUCAUUCAGUCCAGAGAACCCUCGCUCAAAAACUCAAACCCAGAUGAGAUUGAAAUAGACUUUGAAACGCUCAAACCUUCUACUUUACGUGAGCUGGAGAGAUAUGUCUCGUCUUGUCUCCGGAAAAAGAAGAAGGCCCCUGAGAAACCUCUGGAGGCAAUGUCUAAAAAGACUGGGUCCUCUUCAGAAAGUAGUGGCUCAAGCUCUGACAGUGAGAGUGAGGGGCCUGGAAUGAUGAAACAGACAAAAAAGAAGGGUCAUUCUGGGAAGGAAGCAAAAAAGACACAUCCCCACAUUCAGCCUGGUCUCCAGCCUCAGCCCAACAGUCAGAUAAAAGAGCAUCAGCCCUCUCCUGCUGGGUUCAUGGCACCCCCUGUAGCUGCUCUGGAGUCAUCCCAGAUGUUGGAGACCAGUUUUGACUCUCUGCCCCCUUUUGGCCAGCCUCUCAUGCAUCUGUCCCAUCAUUCGGGCAACACGUCGUCUCCCCCACCUCCCCAUCUCAACACCCACUCUGCUGCUCCAGUGUCCCCAGAGACACACCCUUUCCUCAAUCAGCAUCCCGUCCUGCAGUCCCCAGCCUUGCACAGUUCUAUGCCUCAGCAGCCUUCACGACCGAGCCACAAGGCAGCACCUCUUCAUCCCAAACUGCCCCAACAACAACAACAACAACAACCACCGCCACCGCAGCAGCCUCAACUGCCCCCAGCUGCUCCCCCUCCACAGCACCAGCUCCCCGCACAGAUCCUCCACCCCUCUCAGCCCCUGCACCAGCGGCCUCUUUCCCCGCCCACACUCACUCCACAAGGCAUGCUCUCGUCGCAGCCCCCACAGUUGCUUCUAGCGGACGAUGAGGAGACCCCUGCCUCUUUGAACCCUGUACAGUUGUACCUGCAUCAGUUUCAGCAGGCUCACCAGCCCCCACAGAUGCCCCAGCUCCAGGGGCAAAGGCAGUCACAACUGGGGCAUUUACAAACUGUCCCGGGGCAGCUGUUGUCUCAAGCGCCGCUGCCUUCUCCACAGCUGCCUCCUCCACAGCUCCCUGUUCAGUCCCAGGCUCCACAAGCUGCUCCACUACAGCCCCCCAUGCAACAAAUGCCCCUUCACCAGCCCCGCCACCUGCAGCACACCCAACCCUCCCAACAACCAACACAACCACAGCAACUGAACUUUCAGCAGACUCCUGGACUAGCAAGUCAGUCGCAAGGAACACAACACAAAGUAUCCAUGCCCAUCAAUAAAGCACAGCAAGUCAUCCAGCAACAAGAGCAGCCCACGUCACGGAAUGUGAAGCCGGACCCUUACAACACAGGUAACAUGAGGGACAACCCAUCUCCACUCAUGAUGCAUUCCCCCCAAGUCCCACAAUAUCCUCCAGUUUCUCACCCGUCCCCUCCUCACAGCAUUCAGUCUAAAAAGCAAAGAAUACCACAAGACAUUGUGAAAGAGGAAAAACUCCCUCCAUCCCCAGUGAUGAGAGGAGAGCCUUUUAACCCUGCCAUGAGACCAGACCACCCCAAACACGAAGGCAAGCCGACUCAACAAGGCCACAGUCACCAGAGGAUAGACUCAAAGUCUAUGGACAACACGUCGCGACCUGUCAUUCGUUCAUCUGAGCCCAGUGGGCCUCCACCCUCAAAUCCAGACAAGGAAAGGUACAAGCAAGAGUCCAAGGCAACAGUGGCUCCCAAAAAAGUCCAGGAUGUGAAACUAAAAAAUAUGGGCUCAUGGGCCAGUCUGGCGCAAAAGUCAACAUCCACACCACUCUCUGCUGUGAAGUCAUCCAGCGACAGUUUUGAGCAGUUCCGUCGUGCUGCUCGAGAAAAAGAGGAAAGGGAAAAGGCUCUGAAGGCUCAGGCAGAACAAGCUGAAAAAGACAGACUACGGAGAGAACAAGAUAAACUACGUCGAGAUGAGGACGAGGUGAUGGAGACAAGUCGACGGGUGCACGAGGAGCCUCGCCGACGACACGAGCCGCAGCACCUGCCUUCCGUGCCCCAACCAUCACCGCAGCAACAACCAGACCCCCCUGCCGCCCCAGUGCAGCCACCCGCACAGCCCCCCACGCCACCUCAGCCCACCACACAAAACUCCCUCGACCAACAGAGAGAAAUGGCACGAAGGCGGGAGCAGGAGAGGAGGAGGCGAGAAGCGAUGGCAGCAACUAUUGACAUGAAUUUCCAAAGUGACUUAAUGGCUAUUUUUGAGGAGAACCUAUUCUGAGGAGAUCGUAAACAUACCUGCAAAAAUCAGAGACUAAAACCUGAUGAUGUACACUUCUAAAGAUUAGCCAUCAUGGACCAGAGGAGCAUGGACCGCUCUAAGCCUGGCGGGCCGCCGGUUGGGCUCCAUAGCUUGACUGAAAGUAUACAAGUGAAAGGGGGAUGGACACAUCUUUUUGGAUGUGGUUGGCCUGAAAUUAUGGCUUCACUUGUCUGAAAGCCCCUGAACUGAGGCGACCCAUGCUGGCACAGUUGCCUUUGUCACACUUUGUCUUGGCCAGACGAGAGACACCAUAGUAACUUAAUAAAUGCUCUGAUAAUGUACGACAGACUGCGCAGAAGCUUUUCAAAACUGCCAGAUGUCUUUGGUGUUGAAGAAGACCGGUCUUUUAUGUUGUGUUUUGUUUGUUGCAAGUGAACACAUCCGAUGGUUUGGAGGGACUUCCAUACUGUAAAUCAUGUAUAUUUCUCAGCAGAGAAGGUACAAUUUGCCUUACAUGUUUUUUCCUAAACAGACCAUUAUGUUCUAUGGCCUGGAUACAGACCAAUAACACACAACAACCAGGAGCAGCGUAGACCUUUUUCAUCAUUUAGUAUCUACUGUAAAGAAGUAUUUUCUUAUACUACAAAAACUGUUAUUUUCAAUAUUUUAUUUCCUUUAUUAGACCUAUGAAACUUCACACCAAUACACUCCACCACCUAUGUCUAUGCCAAACUACCCAUACUCUUAACGUUCACCUUUUUGUCCCGAACCACAGUCGGUAGUUAGUGAAAAUCCUUGAAUAUAUGCAUAUAAUAGUUACACUAAGUAUUCACCAAAAAUGGAAUUGGGGGAAAAACAUCAACCUGCAUUGUGUUUUUAUGGAAAAAAUAAAACAGGAAAUAAAUAGCAAAACAACAGUGACCCAGGUGCCCUCAGUUUAGUUGAAUUAUGGAUAUCUACAGUUAUUUGUAUUAUUUUUAGACAUCAUGUUGGGGAUGCUCAAAUAUCACUGACCUGCCCUAAGAAUCACAACUUGGCUAAAAUGGAACAAGGGAUUUUGAAAUGGGACAAUCGUGGAAAAGUCCUUAGUAAAUAACAAUUGUUUUAAAGAAGUUGUCUUUACCAAGUUCUUUUAACAGACAAAUACAGAGAGUAAAACACAAAAUACAAUAAAUAAUCUUUUAUCUUUGUUUUUCUUCAAUGAUAGUGGAUGUGACUUUAAAUUCAGUUUUGGGAGGCGCCUUAUGCUUCAAUUUGGAAAAACAGGCGAUCUCAUUCUCUGCUCUUACGGUGUUUUCUCCAGUGCCUGUAUUGUAUUACAAUUCUUGUUGGCUUACAUUACAUUUUGAGGGAGGGUCAGAAAGGGUCAGAACCAGGUGGUGUAAUAUUUGAUUGGGGCGGACGAUUUUUUGAAAGCGUUUGUGUAGAAAAAAUAAAGUAAAAGACAACAUUUUUAUAUUUCACCCGUCGUCACUAUUCGGGUUUUAAAUUUAGUUUUAGCUGGACUGCUAUGAGUGUACACUUGUCAACUACUUUCAUUAUGUUUCAAUCAGCAGAUUUUAGAUAGAAAAGUGUGAGCGUUGCCACUCUCGUUCUUGUCUGCUCUGUCAGUGUGACUGUGGACAUUUGGACAUUUGGAUGCCUGUUUGCCUGUAUGUUUUUUAAUGUGUGGUGGAGGGAGGCAUGUUCCCUAAUGUAGAUAAGCAACUAUUGACCAUAAGAUUAAACGGAUAAACCUUAGAAGAACACGUUUCUUCAGUCACCUUUUAAUUUCUAUAAAGUCCACAUUAUAUAAAUAUAUAAUUUUUAUUAUCAGACUGGUUUCGAAUAGGUUAAAACACUUCAUUCCUUUUAGCUGUCUUUUGACAAUAACUGUUGGACAUAUGUGCCAUGGUUUCUUCAGAGAAUGUGCUGACUACAAUUCAGCCUGGAGUUUGCUUUAUUCAGGUAUUUUAUUUUGUGUUACAUUUGUUCUGUUUUGGGGUUUUGUUCAAACAUUUCCUCGAUUAUUUGGUAUGUGAGUGGUCUUUCGAAGGUCUGAUUCAGUCUGUUAUGAUUAUUGAAUAAACUCAUCUCUUUUAUAGAAAAUAAAAAAAUAAACUAAAAA